AAGGGAAAAGAACCAAAAUCUACCUUUCCAAUAAUGAUAUCGAUUGCCAGAGUAGUAGUACAUCCUUUAAGCUUCAAGGAUGGCAACAAAAAAGUUAAGUUCCAACUUGGGUUCUUGCUCUCUUCCUUCACAAAUUAGAGAUUACUUAAUGAAUGUUUUACUGCCAGAAGCUCCUCUUGGUCUUCAACUGGCCGUGCUUCUCAGGAAUAGUGAAGUCUUCAAAUGGCGUUUUGUGCUAUAAUGAUGGCUUCCAAGCUCCAACAAUAGUUGUUUGUGAAUAUCCUACUAGCAAAAGUUAUUCAUAUCGGAUCAUCCCAAAAAUGAAGAAAGUAGUCUCUCUCAUCUCUUCUCAAUGCCUUGUUUUCCCUCUCAUCAAGUUGUUAUUACUACUACUAUCAGAAACUGUAAUGGCAGAACCAAGGGCCAAGACAGUCCUUGUAACAUGUGGCCAUCAACUAGAGCAUAACACAACUAUCUUUGUUCCCAAUUUUGUUGCAACUAUGGAGAAGAUCAGUGAAGAGAUGCGCAAAACUGGUUUUGGCACAGCAAUUGUAGGGACAGGACCUGACACAAACUAUGGCCUGGCCCAGUGUUAUGGAGAUCUUUCAUUACUUGACUGUGUGUUAUGUUAUGCUGAGGCACGCACGGUUCUUCCUCAGUGCUUCCCUUUCAAUUCUGGUCGCAUUUUCCUUGAUGGUUGCUUCAUGAGGGCUGAGAACUAUAGUUUCUUUAAUGAAUAUUCAGGACCAGGAGAUACAGCUGUGUGUGGAAACACAACAAGAAAGAGCUCGAGUUUUCAAGCAGCAGCAAAGCAAGCAGUUUUAAGAGCAGCUCAAGAUGCACCCAACAACAAAGGCUAUGCCAAAGGGAACGUUGCAGUAACAGGAGCAACAAACCAAUCCGCUUAUGUUUUGGCUGAUUGUUGGAGGACUUUGGACAAAAGCUCUUGCAAAGCAUGUCUUGAAAAUGCAUCAUCUUCCAUAUUGGGAUGCUUGCCCUGGUCAGAAGGGCGAGCACUCAAUACUGGAUGCUUCAUGAGGUACUCAGACACUGAUUUUCUUAACAAGGAACAGCAAAAUGGGAGUUCAAGAGGUAAUGUAGUGGUGAUAGUCGUUGCAGUAGUCAGUUCAGUGAUUGUUUCAGUGGUUGGAGUUAUUAUUGGUGUCUAUAUAUGGAAACAAAGAUACAUUCAAAAGAAACGAAGAGGUUCAAAUGAUGCAGAAAAGUUAGCUAAGACUCUUCAGCGCAAUAGCUUGAACUUCAAGUACUCUACGUUGGACAAGGCUACUGGAAAUUUUCAUGAAAGUAACAAGUUAGGGCAAGGAGGAUUUGGAACAGUUUAUAAAGGAGUUCUAGCUGAUGGAAGAGAGAUUGCAAUCAAGAGGUUAUAUUACAACAACAGACAUCGAGCAGCAGAUUUCUACAACGAAGUCAACAUAAUUAGUAGUGUGGAACACAAGAGUCUAGUCAGGUUGUUAGGAUGCAGUUGUUCAGGACCUGAAAGCUUGCUUGUAUAUGAAUUUCUACCCAACAAAAGUCUUGAUCGCUUCAUUUUUGAUAAAAACAAGGGCAGAGAGCUGAACUGGGAAAAGAGAUAUGAAAUUAUGAUUGGAACAGCUGAAGGAUUAGUUUACCUGCAUGAGAACUCCAAAAUAAGGAUAAUUCACAGAGAUAUAAAAGCCAGCAACAUCCUAUUGGAUGCAAAGCUUCGUGCUAAAAUUGCUGAUUUUGGCUUGGCCAGAUCCUUUCAAGAAGACAAGAGCCACAUAAGUACAGCUAUAGCAGGAACUUUGGGGUAUAUGGCUCCUGAGUAUCUAGCUCAUGGUCAAUUAACAGAGAAGGCAGACGUAUAUAGUUUUGGGGUUUUACUGCUAGAAAUAGUUACUGGGAGACAGAACAACAGGAGCAAAGCAUCGGAGUAUUCAGACGGUUUAGUUACAGUGGCAUGGAGGCAUUUUCAGUCAGGGACUGCUGAACAAUUAUUUGAUCCUAAUCUAGAGUUGCAUAACCACAAUAGUAAUAUUAAGGAUGAGAUUUUAAGAGUGGUGCACAUAGGACUUUUAUGCACCCAAGAGGCCCCUUCAUUACGGCCAACUAUGUCAAAGGCACUCCAGAUGCUUACAAAGAAGGAUGAACAACUUGUUGCUCCCUCUAAUCCACCCUUCUUAGAUGAGAGUACUAUGGAACUUCAUGACACAAGUGGUGACCCAUUUUAUCCUCUUAAUGCAGCUGAUUCAAUUGCUACCAUGUCAAAUAGCUCUUUUUAUCCCAGGUGAUCAUGAAAAUGCAGAGAAUACCGCUCCACAUAGCAUGUUUGAAGCACAGCUUAAACCUGUGAUUGGCAAAUAACUUGGUCUCGCUCAGACUAUGACACUAAAGGUGGUUGUUAACAAUGCAACUGAACCAUUGCUAUUAAAAUUAUAUACUUCAGACCGGGGGAGCUUUUGUCAUAUUUCCAAUACGUUUAUGGGAUGCUAACAAUGUAUACUGUAUAGUGCCAUGAUUAACAUUGUCUGCUAUAUGUAACUGCUCAUAAACACUACGUUUGUAUACAGCUAUUAUUUAUUUUCUAAAGAAUAGUUUUACAUAGAAUAAAUAAAUAAAGAGUAUAAGCUUUUAAUUU